AUGAUCAAUAUCUUUGCUGUCUUAAACUAUACGGAGGAUAGGCAGGUGCAUUUCGCUGUAUUUCAGUUUGAAGGACCAGCUAGGGCCUGGUGGAACGUGAUUCAGGCUAAAUGGGGAAGAGAGGGAACUGCCUGGACCUGGUUAAAUUUCGUACGGGAGUUUAACGAGAAAUAUCUGCCGCCGAUAGUUCAGGAGAAGAGGGAGGACGAUUUUAUUAAGUUUCGUCAAGGAACUCUGAGUGUAUCUGAGUGUGAGACUCAGUUCACGAAACUAUCUAAGUUUGCUCCCAAAUUGAUAUCUACGGAGCAAAGGAGAAUAAGGAGGUUUGUCCAGGGACUAAAUGUAGAAAUACAGGAGGCUUUGGCGGCAGCACAAAUUAAUACUUUUACGGAG